AUGGCUCGGUUUGGAGACGAGGUGCCAGCUCGCUAUGGGGCAGGAGGCUCGGGGGGAGCUGGCUCCGGAGCAGCAGGCGGCGGAGGUGGCCGGGGCGCUGGGGGCGUCCGGCAAGGUGGUCCCCCAGGGGCCCAGAGGAUAUACAAACAGUCGAUGGCCCAGCGAGCCCGCACCAUGGCACUCUACAACCCCAUUCCUGUCCGGCAGAACUGCCUGACUGUCAACCGCUCCCUUUUCCUCUUCAGUGAGGACAACGUGGUGAGGAAAUACGCCAAAAAGAUCACCGAAUGGCCUCCUUUUGAAUACAUGAUUUUAGCAACUAUCAUAGCAAACUGCAUUGUCCUUGCUCUGGAGCAGCAUCUGCCUGAUGGAGACAAGACGCCGAUGUCAGAGCGGUUGGAUGACACAGAACCAUACUUCAUUGGAAUCUUUUGUUUCGAGGCUGGAAUUAAAAUUAUUGCCUUAGGAUUUGCUUUCCACAAAGGCUCCUACCUAAGGAAUGGCUGGAAUGUGAUGGACUUUGUGGUGGUUCUCACAGGCAUCUUGGCAACAGUUGGCACUGAAUUUGACCUGCGGACUCUGCGGGCAGUUCGUGUACUUCGGCCACUAAAGCUAGUGUCGGGAAUCCCAAGUUUACAAGUAGUCCUCAAGUCCAUCAUGAAGGCCAUGAUACCUCUGCUACAAAUUGGCCUCCUCCUAUUUUUUGCAAUCCUUAUUUUUGCAAUCAUAGGGUUAGAAUUUUAUAUGGGGAAAUUUCACACCGCCUGCAAGGAUAUUCAUACAGAUGAAAUCAAGCAGGAAGCGCCAUGUGGAAAGGAAUCACCAUCGCGCCUCUGCCCUAAUGGGACCAAGUGUGAAGAAUACUGGCAAGGACCCAAUUAUGGGAUCACACAGUUCGAUAAUAUCUUGUUUGCUGUGCUGACUGUCUUCCAGUGUAUCACCAUGGAAGGGUGGACCGACCUCCUUUACGAUAGCAACGAUGCCUCAGGGAGUGCUUGGAAUUGGCUGUACUUCAUCCCCCUUAUCAUCAUCGGAUCCUUUUUUAUGCUCAACCUUGUGCUGGGGGUGCUUUCUGGGGAGUUUGCCAAAGAAAGAGAGAGGGUGGAGAACCGGCGAGCAUUUCUGAAGCUGAGAAGACAGCAGCAGAUUGAACGUGAGCUUAAUGGCUACAUGGAGUGGAUCUCCAAAGCAGAAGAAGUGAUCUUGGCUGAAGAUGACAUAGAAGGAGAGCCUCAUCACCCCUUCGAUGGGGCUCUCCGGAGGGCCACAAUCAAGAAGAGCAAGACAGACCUGCUGAACCCAGAGGAAGCAGAUGACCCGCUGGCUGACAUCUCCUCAGUGGGUUCACCCUUUGCUCGAGCCAGCAUCAAAAGUGCCAAGCUGGAAAACGCCACUUUCUUUCACAAAAAGGAGCGGAGGUUGCGUUUCUAUAUCCGUCGAAUUGUCAAAACUCAGGCCUUUUACUGGACAGUCCUCAGUCUGGUAGCUCUCAACACAUUGUGUGUUGCUAUAGUACACUACAACCAGCCAGAUUGGCUAUCUGACUUCCUCUACUAUGCAGAAUUCAUUUUCUUAGGGCUCUUUAUGUCCGAAAUGUUUAUAAAAAUGUAUGGGCUUGGAACGCGGCCUUACUUUCACUCAUCCUUCAACUGCUUCGACUGUGCUGUCAUCAUUGGGAGCAUCUUUGAGGUGAUCUGGGCUGUGGUAAAGCCUGGCACCUCCUUUGGGAUCAGCGUCUUACGAGCUCUCAGGUUACUGCGCAUUUUCAAAGUUACGAAGUACUGGGCUUCCCUACGAAACCUAGUCGUAUCUCUGCUGAACUCCAUGAAGUCCAUCAUCAGCCUCCUGUUCCUCCUGUUCCUCUUCAUAGUCGUCUUUGCCCUUUUGGGAAUGCAACUCUUCGGGGGCCAGUUCAAUUUUGAUGAUGGAACCCCUCCAACCAAUUUUGACACUUUCCCAGCAGCAAUAAUGACAGUAUUUCAGAUCUUGACUGGUGAAGACUGGAACGAGGUGAUGUAUCAUGGUAUCCAAUCUCAGGGCGGUGUCGAUACAGGAAUGAUGUUCUCAAUCUAUUUCAUUGUACUGACCUUGUUCGGUAACUACACUUUGCUCAAUGUGUUCUUGGCUAUCGCUGUGGAUAAUCUGGCCAAUGCGCAGGAGCUUACCAAGGAUGAACAAGAAGAAGAAGAAGCAGCCAACCAGAAGCUUGCCCUCCAGAAGGCAAAGGAAGUAGCAGAAGUAAGCCCUUUGUCUGCAGCCAACAUGUCAAUAGCAGUAAAAGAACAGCAAAAGAACCAGAAAAGCGGCAAAUCAGUCUGGGAGCAGCGGACAAAUGAGAUGCGGAAACAAAACCUGUUGGCAAGCCGGGAGGCACUGUACAAUGAGCUGGAUCCUGAAGAUCGCUGGAAGGUCUCAUAUGCCCGGCAAAUGCGGCCGGACAUGAAAACCCACUUAGACAGACCAUUGGUGGUUGAUCCUCAGGAGAAUCGGAACAACAACACCAACAAGACACGCCCCACUGAGCCACCCUUGGACCCCCACUUUGGACAGCAGCAGCCUGAGGAGUUCUUGCGAAAGCCACCCCGAUACCAUGAGCAUGCACGGGAUCCCCACAUGUAUGAGCGCCCCAACUCAGGGAGCUUGGAGCCACGACGGCCACGGAGCAGCAGCAAGGAAAUUGACUUCAGCCAGGAAAGUGGGUACCAUGAAAUAGACUAUCCUAGCAAGGAGCAUAAUGCCAUCCUUGAGCAUGGUUACUGUGGCGACUGUGACUCUGAGCGCAUCAAGGCCUUGGACCCCCAUCGCCGGCACCGAGGUGGCAAAGAGAGCCGAAGUGGAUCACCCCGUACAGCUGAUGGUGAUCGGGAGCUCCGACGGCAUCGAGCUCACCGCCGGACACCAGAUGAAGGAGGUCGUGAGGAGAGCAGCAAAGCUGAGCGUCGGCCUCGGCACCGUGAGGGGAGCAGGCCUGCACGGGGUGAUGUGGAUGGGGAGCAACCCGAGGGGGAAAGGCGCCGACGGCACCGGCACACUGCUCAGUCUACCUACGAUGUUGAUGGCAAGGAGCGCCGGCACCGGCGCAGGAAAGAGAAUCAAGGCUCUGGCCUCCCACCUGGACCAAACCUAUCCACCACACGACCAAUCCAACAGGAUAUGGGACGCUUGGAGCCCCCUGUGGCUGAGGAUAUCGACAACAUGAAGAACAAUAAGCUGGCAACCAAUGAGACCUCAAAUCCACAUCCAGUCAGUCAUCCUCAGAACCCUACCAAAGGAGGCAGCCACUCAAAUUCCACACCAAGUCGCACCCUCCAAAAUCCACCUGUUCCUUUGGACCAGCCACCCCCCAACUCUCAAAACUCUACCAGUCGCCGGGCCCCCAGUAACCCUGCCAAUCCCGCCAGCCCUGGACUACCUAAGAACCCUGAGAACAGCCUCAUUGUCACUAACCCUGGGACCCAGAACAAUCCGCCUAAAACUGCCAAGAAGCCAGAACACACAGUGGUAGAAGUCCCACCUGCCUUCCCCCCACCAGUCAACAAUGCUGUCAUGCAAGUCAAUAAGAAUGCCAAUCCUGAACCUUCGCCCAAGAAAGAAGAAGAGAAAAAGGAGGAAGAAGAUGAUGAUGGCGGGGAGAAUGGGCCCAAGCCCAUGCCCCCAUACAGCUCUAUGUUCAUCCUCUCAACCACUAACCCGUUUCGGCGGCUCUGUCAUUACAUUGUCAACCUGCGCUACUUUGAAAUCUGCAUACUGAUGGUGAUUGCCAUGAGCAGCAUUGCACUGGCUGCUGAAGACCCUGUCCAGCCAAGUGCUCCCCGUAACAAUGUUCUCCGUUAUUUUGACUAUGUCUUCACAGGUGUCUUCACCUUUGAAAUGGUUGUUAAGAUGAUUGACUUAGGACUGAUCCUUCAUCGGGGCUCUUAUUUUCGGGACCUGUGGAACAUCUUGGAUUUCAUUGUGGUCAGUGGCGCAUUGGUGGCAUUUGCCUUCACAGGCAGCAAAGGGAAAGACAUAAAUACCAUCAAAUCCUUGCGUGUCCUUCGUGUCCUCAGACCCCUCAAAACUAUCAAGCGAUUGCCAAAGUUAAAGGCUGUCUUUGACUGUGUUGUGAACUCACUAAAAAACGUCCUCAAUAUUCUCAUUGUGUAUAUGCUGUUCAUGUUCAUCUUUGCUGUGGUGGCUGUCCAGCUCUUUAAAGGCAAGUUCUUCUAUUGCACUGAUGAAUCGAAGGAGUUUGAAAAGGACUGCAGGGGAGAGUAUUUAGUCUAUGAGAAGAACAAUGAAGUGAAAGCUGAGAAGCGAGAGUGGAAGAAAUAUGAGUUCCAUUAUGACAAUGUAUUGUGGGCGCUUCUUACUCUCUUCACUGUGUCUACAGGAGAAGGCUGGCCAGAUGUCCUCAAGCACUCGGUGGAUGCUACAUAUGAGAAUCAGGGCCCCAGCCCUGGUUUUCGCAUGGAGAUGUCUAUCUUCUAUGUGGUCUACUUUGUGGUCUUCCCAUUUUUCUUUGUCAACAUUUUUGUGGCCUUAAUCAUCAUCACCUUCCAGGAGCAGGGGGACAAGAUGAUGGAGGAGUACAGCCUGGAGAAGAAUGAGCGAGCCUGCAUUGACUUUGCUAUCAGUGCCAAGCCACUCACCCGGCACAUGCCUCAGAACAAACAGAGCUUUCAGUACCGUAUGUGGCAGUUUGUGGUUUCACCACCAUUUGAGUACACCAUUAUGGCCAUGAUUGCCCUAAACACCAUUGUCCUAAUGAUGAAAUACUACAAUGCCACAUCUAUAUAUGAUUAUUUACUAAAGAUGUUCAACAUUGUCUUCACUGCCCUGUUCUCCUUGGAGUGUAUUCUGAAAAUCAUCGCCUUUGGAUUGUUGAAUUAUUUCCGUGAUGCCUGGAAUAUCUUUGAUUUUGUCACAGUUCUGGGUAGCAUCACAGACAUCUUAGUGACAGAGUUUGGGAACAACUUCAUCAACCUGAGUUUCCUUAGGCUGUUCCGAGCUGCCCGCCUCAUUAAGCUGCUCCGACAGGGCUACACCAUCCGCAUCCUGCUCUGGACCUUUGUCCAGUCCUUUAAGGCCCUUCCAUAUGUGUGUCUGCUGAUUGCAAUGCUUUUCUUCAUCUACGCAAUUAUUGGAAUGCAGGUCUUUGGUAACAUCAGCAUUGAUCACGAUGAGGAUAUGUCUGAGGACGACAUGCCUGCCAUCACGGAGCACAACAAUUUCCGCACUUUUUUUCAGGCCCUGAUGCUUCUGUUUAGGAGUGCCACAGGUGAGGCUUGGCAUGAGAUUAUGCUCGCCUGUCUGAGUGGGAAGCCAUGUGAUGAAAAAGCAGACCUCAAAGGCCGGGAGUGUGGCAACGAAUUUGCAUAUUUCUAUUUUGUUUCCUUCAUCUUCCUAUGCUCUUUCUUGAUGUUGAACCUUUUUGUGGCUGUAAUCAUGGACAACUUUGAAUAUCUGACCCGUGACUCCUCCAUUUUGGGGCCCCACCACCUGGAUGAGUAUGUGCGUGUGUGGGCUGAGUAUGAUCCUGCUGCUUGGGGCCGGAUGACUUUCAUGGACAUGUAUGAGAUGCUGAGACAUAUGUCUCCACCCCUGGGGCUAGGGAAGAAAUGCCCAGCCCGUGUUGCUUAUAAGAGACUACUUCGUAUGGACCUGCCUGUGGCAGACGACAAUACAGUCCAUUUCAAUUCCACCCUCAUGGCAUUGAUCCGGACUGCACUUGACAUCAAGAUUGCCAAAGGUGGGGCUGACAAACAACAGAUGGAUGCUGAGCUGAGGAAGGAGAUGAUGGCAAUUUGGCCCAACCUCUCCCAGAAAACUCUGGAUCUCCUGGUCACCCCUCAUAAAUCUACUGAUCUGACAGUGGGUAAAAUCUAUGCAGCCAUGAUGAUCAUGGAAUAUUACCGCCAAAGUAAGGCCAAGAAGUUGCAGGCCAUGCGGGAGGAGCAGAAUCGGACACCGCUUAUGUUCCAGCGCAUGGAACCACCAUCCCCAUCCCAGGAGGGUGGCCAAGGACAGAAUGCCCUCCCUUCAUCACAACUGGAUCAAGGAAGUGGAAUGAGCAUGCAGGAAGGAGGAAUGAAGGAAAGUGAGUCGUGGGUUACACAACGAGCACAGGAGAUGUUCCAGAAAACUGGAACCUGGAGCCCAGAGCGGGGGCGCCCAGAAGAGAUACCCAAUAGCCGGACCAAUUCCCAGUCUGUAGAGAUGCGGGAGAUGGCAAAGGAUGGCUAUUCAGACAGCGACCAGUACCUGCCCAUGGAAGGUCAUGGACGAGCUGCCUCAAUGCCACGACUGCCUGCUGAAAACCAGAGGAGGAAGGCGCGACCGCGAGGGAAUAAUCUCAGUACUAUCGCAGAUGCAAGCCCCAUGAAACGUUCUGCCUCAAUGUUGGGCCACUCACGCUCCAAAGGCAUGCGCCUGGAAGACUACUCUCUGGAAAGAGUAGUAAUCCCAGAGGAAAACCAGCGACAUCACCGGCGGCGAGAGCGGAGCCACCGGACAUCAGAGCGCUCUCUCAGUCGAUACACAGAUGUGGACACAGGGCUGGGCACAGACCUCAGUAUGACCACACAGUCGGGUGACCUACCUCCCAAAGAAAGAGACCAAGAGCGGGGCAGGCCAAAAGAUCGGAAGCACCAUCACCACCACCACCACCAUCACCACCACCACACAUCUUCUGACAAGGAGCGGUACUCACAAGAGAGGCACGAAUAUGGACGGCCUCGCUCCAGAGAUCGCCGCUGGUCCCGCUCACCCAGUGAGGGCCGAGACCACAUGCCUCACAGGCAGGGCAGUAGUUCCGUAAGUGGGAGUCCAGUCCUCUCAACGUCUGGCACCAGCACCCCGAAGCGAGGACGCCGCCAGCUCCCACAGACCCCUUCAACACCCCGGCCACAUGUCUCCUACUCCCCCGUGGUCCGCAAGGCCGUCAACGCCGGGCCCCCGCAGCCGCAGCAGCCGCAGCAGCAGCCCGUGCACCCCAGCCGAAUAUCCAGCCCAGCACCGAGGCGCUACCCCUCGCUGCCCGCCGAGCACCACCUCGCCGAGCGCCGCAGCAGGUCUCCCGCGAUGGAGCGGCACACGGUCCCGCCGCGGAACGACUCGCCCCGGGCCUACCGCCACGCCAGCAGCCGGUGGUCGGCCCCACACGUCUCUGAGCCCCACCCAGGACCUCGUCACGGCAGUGGCUACUACCGGAGCCCGGAGUACACUGGCCCGGCCGGAGAAGAGGCCUUUUCCUAUGAGACAAUGCAGCAGGGGAGCAGCUCAGGACGGUCGCCCAGAACUUCCCGGGUGGGCAGCAGCUCGUCCUCUCUCUCCCCCUCCAGGCACGGGCGGCGGCUGCCCAAUGGAUACUAUCACUCGCAUGGACCAGCCAAAUCGCGUGGGACAGGAUCACGCAAAGGACUGCAUGAACCUUAUAGUGAAACUGAUGAGGACGACUGCUGCUAA